GUCAUCUCUCGUAACGAAUACAUCUCGCCUUGUAAUUGUCCAGAAUAAAGUAUUUAGAAUAAAGUAUUUCGUAAGUAAACGGUUGUCGAUUUACUUCGAUAUUAUACCUUACGUGGCUUCGGCUCGUAACAUGCACGCAUCGGCGGAAAUGGCGGAAUCCGCUAAAAAAAAUCAUCCCUGGAGUCCAGACUUACUACGCUUAUCGUGCACUUUGAAGAAAAUGUUAACAAACCUGCUUACAUUAAAUAAUGGAGUUAUCGCAAAUUUAGUGAAGACCAAAUCAGCUUCAAAGAUCUGGGACGCACAGUUACGAGUAAUGGAACUAACUCUAAGAACAAAUAACCUAGCUGUAACAUCCCAAGUGCGUGGCACUGCAGAUUUGAUACAACAAGCCGGUCCAUCCGGAAUCGGGUGUUGUAUAAGGUACCUACAUGAAGUCUUCCUCUUCGUGAUUCUCAUCGCCAUGGAUGUCAUCCAAAGAAAGACACAGGCGGUGGAUAAGAAACACGUGAGUUUCGGCGAUGAUAGCGUCUGAACUCCGCGCCUCGAGUGUCAA